GCCGAGUGCUCGCCUCCUCCGCACGGACGCCUCACGCGAUGGAGCCGGAGAUCGUGGAGAUCGAGCCGCUGCGGUACGCGCCGCCGCCGCAGUGGCGGGCGCCCCCUCCUCCCCCGCCGCUCCCGCCGCCGCCCAUGACGGCGUCCUCCAGCGCGAGCGCCGCGGAGGCGAGCGCCAGCGCCAGUGCCGUCACGGCGGCGCUGCAGUUCGACAGCGAGAAGCUCCCGCAGACGCUCGUGCUGGAGAUACGGCCGUUCCUGCGCGUCGCCAACCAGAUCGAGGCCGAGUCCCCGCGCGUCGCAUACCUCUGUCGAUUUCACGCCUUUGAAAAGGCUCAUAUGUUGGAUCCUCGUUCAACAGGGAGGGGUGUUCGGCAAUUUAAAACUACACUUCUUCAGAGAUUGGAGCAGGAUGAGAAAAGCACUUUCUCAAAGAGGAAAGAAAGAAAUGAUGCCCGAGAGAUUAAAUCAUUCUAUGAGAAGAAAAAGCAAGCUAAUGCACAUCAACUAAUGCCUGUCCUGGGAGAAGUUUUGAAGGCUGUUCUCAUCGGGACUGGCUUGGAGAGCCUUGUUGCUAGUGAAGAUUUUGGCGACAAGUCAGGCUUCCGAUACAAUAUUAUUCCACUUCAUCCUAGAUCAAGUCAGCAACCAAUCAUGCUUCUUCAAGAGAUCAAAGUUGCAGUGUCUGCGGUGUUUAAUGUACGCAGUCUUCCAUUGGCUAAUGUCAAGGGUGAAAAAAGUCAGACAGAUAUUUUUCGAUGGCUGCAAAGUUGGUUCGGAUUCCAGAAAGGGAAUGUUGCCAACCAAAGGGAGCAUCUCAUUCUUUUGCUUGCAAAUAUGCAUGCUCGGUUGAAUCCAAAGUCAUCCUCUGCUCCAAUGCUUGAUGAAAGAGCAGUAGAGGAAUUAUUAGCGAAAACAUUUGAGAGUUAUCUGACCUGGUGCAAAUUUUUGGGGAGAAAAAGCAACAUAUGGUUGCCCUCUGUGAAGCAGGAAAUUCAGCAGCAUAAACUUCUGUACAUAUCUCUUUAUCUUCUUAUAUGGGGAGAAGCAUCAAAUUUAAGACUUAUGCCAGAAUGCUUAUGCUACAUCUUUCAUCAUAUGUCAUACGAGCUAUAUGGAGUGCUUUCUGGAGCUGUAAGCUUAAUUACUGGAGAAAAGGUCAGACCUGCAUAUGGCGGAGAAGACGAAUCAUUUCUUAAUAAAGUAGUGGCACCAAUAUACAACGAGAUAUAUGCGGAAGCUCUAAAGAACAAAAAUGGAGUAUCUGAUCACUCAACAUGGAGAAACUAUGAUGACCUCAACGAAUUUUUCUGGUCUGCAGACUGCUUCAAACUUGGCUGGCCCAUGCGUCUCAACAACGACUUCUUUUUCACAUCGACUAAGAAUAAAAUGUCUCAUGAAACUAAGAUACAAAAUUCCCAAUUGCCUCGUGGAUCCUCCUCAGCACAAAACAUUGUUGAUUCAGAAGUACCUGACCAAUCACAACAGCAAACUAUAAGUGUGACAUCUCAGCAGAGGUGGUUGGGAAAGACAAAUUUUGUUGAGGUCCGUUCCUUUUGGCAUAUCUUCAGAAGCUUUGAUAGGCUGUGGACACUCCUUGUGCUUGGGCUUCAGAUUCUGAUAAUAAUAGCAUGGCAUGGAUUGGAAAGCCCUCUUCAGUUACUAGAUCCAAUCUUUUUUGAGGAUAUUCUGAGUAUUUUCAUAACCAAUGCAGUACUUCGAGUUCUUCAAGUGGUCCUUGAUAUUUUAUUUUCAUGGAGAACCAGGGGAACAAUGAGAUCUAGCCAGAAACUAAGAUUUGUCAUAAAACUCUCUCUUGCGGUUACAUGGGCGAUCAUUCUGCCCAUAUUUUAUUCCAGUUCUCAAAAUUACAAGGCUUGUUCUGCUAGACGUCCUAAAAACUUUUUGGGAAUGUUCUGCCUGUCAAAGUAUAUGGUGGCUGUGGCAUUUUACCUGACAGGCAACGUGAUUGGGAUGGCACUCUUUUUCGUUCCAGCUGUAAGCAGCUAUAUAGAGACAUCUACCUGGCGAAUUUGCAAUAUAUUGUCCUGGUGGUGCCAGGCCCCGUCAUAUGUUGGAAGAGGAAUGCAUGAAGGCCAAGUACCUUUACUAAAGUAUACAUCAUUUUGGACGGUUCUUUUAUCAAGUAAAUUUAUAUUCAGCUACUACUUCGAGAUUAAGCCUCUUGUGGAACCUACGAAAGAAAUCAUGAGGGUCAAUGUGAAUAUAUAUGAGUGGCAUGAAUUCUUUCCACAAGUCAAGAGCAAUGCUGGCGCAAUUCUUGCUGUAUGGGCCCCUAUAAUUCUUGUCUAUUUUAUGGACACACAAAUUUGGUAUUCUGUAUUCUGUACCAUUUUCGGUGGAAUGUGUGGUAUCGUUCAUCAUCUCGGUGAGAUUCGCACAAUGGGAAUGGUUAGAAGUCGGUUCUGUACCUUACCAGAAGUGUUCAAUGCCUGCCUUGUUCCUCGCUCAAGUCCAAAAGAGAAAAAAGGGAUAUUGCCUAGUUUCUUGGAAAAGAAAAUAUUUAAGGAUUUGGGUAAAUCUGAAAGACAUGACCCAACAAAAUUCGCUCUGGUUUGGAACCAGAUAAUAAAUAGCUUCCGCUCAGAGGAUUUAAUAAGCAAUAGAGAGAUGGAUUUGAUGACAAUGCCCAUGUCACUAGAGUAUCGUUCUGGUUCUAUUCGCUGGCCCUUGUUUUUAGUUGCCAAAAAGUUUUCAACAGCAGUUGAUAUGGCAGCAAAUUUUACUGGAAAUAGUGCACAGCUCUUCCAGAGAAUUAAGAAGGAUAACUACAUGUUUUGUGCGAUCAACGAUUUCUAUGAAUUGACAAAAAGUAUUUUCAGAUUUCUCGUUAUUGGUGAUGUGGAGAAGAGGGUAAUAGCUGUCAUAUUUGCCGAAAUAAAAAAGAGUAUUCAGAACUCAAGUUUAUUGGUAGAUUUUAAGAUGGAUCACUUGCCUUUGCUGGUUGACAAAUUUGAACGGCUGGCUGAGAUUUUGUAUUCAAACAAACAAGGCCUUCAAUAUGAGGUGACAAUUUUACUCCAAGAUAUCAUUGAUACCCUGAUCCAAGAUAUGCUUGUGGAUGCUCAGAGUGUAUUGGAUCAGAUAAAUUAUUCUGAGACACUGAUAUCUGAUAACGAUGGAGCAUUCGAUUACUACAAACCAGAGCUCUUUGCGUCGAUCAGCUCAAUAUCAAAAAUUCGCUUUCCAUUUCCUGCCAGUGGUCCACUCAAAGAGCAGGUUAAACGUCUCUACCUACUACUUAAUACAAAAGAGAAGGCUGCAGAAGUGCCAUCAAAUUCAGAGGCUCGCCGACGCAUUUCAUUUUUUGCUACUUCUCUUUUCAUGGAUAUGCCAGCUGCUCCCAAAGUACGCAGUAUGUUGUCAUUUAGCAUAGUAACUCCCUACUUCAUGGAGGAAGUAAAGUUUUCAGAUGAAGAGCUUCAUUCAGAUCAAGAUGAAGCAUCCAUCCUUUCCUACAUGCAGAAGAUAUAUCCAGAUGAAUGGACAAAUUUCUUGGAAAGGCUUGGUACAAAUGUAAAAAGUGAAGACAUCAGAUACUGGGCUUCUUUCCGUGGUCAAACACUAAGUCGAACCGUUAGGGGAAUGAUGUAUUACAGAAAGGCAUUGAGACUACAAGCUUUUUUAGACAGGACAAAUGACCAAGAGUUAUAUAAAGGACCCGUGGGGACAGAGCGAGAACAAAAUAAGAGAAACAUUCACCAAUCAUUAUCAACUGAAUUAGAUGCCCUCGCGGAUAUGAAAUUUUCAUAUGUCAUCUCAUGUCAAAAGUUUGGGGAACAGAAAUCUAAUGGUGAUGCGCAUGCUCAAGAUAUUAUUGAUCUGAUGGCAAGGUAUCCAGCUCUUCGUGUUGCCUACAUUGAAGAGAAGGAAAUUAUAGUAGACAAUAUGCCUCAUAAGGUCUAUUCCUCUGUUUUAAUAAAAGCAGAAAAUAACUUAGACCAGGAGAUUUACCGUAUAAAGCUGCCUGGCCCACCCAUCAUUGGAGAAGGGAAGCCUGAAAAUCAAAACCAUGCAAUUAUAUUCACCCGUGGAGAGGCCCUACAAACGAUUGACAUGAAUCAGGACAAUUAUUUGGAAGAAGCUUACAAAAUGAGAAAUGUACUUCAAGAGUUUGUUAGACAUCCUAGGGACCAAACUCCAACCAUCCUCGGGCUUAGAGAGCAUAUUUUCACAGGAAGUGUUUCAUCACUUGCUGGAUUCAUGUCAUACCAAGAGACAAGCUUCGUCACAAUUGGACAGAGAUUCCUUGCUGACCCCCUUAGGGUACGGUUUCACUAUGGCCAUCCAGACAUUUUUGAUCGGAUGUUUCAUUUAACAAGGGGCGGCAUAAGCAAAGCAUCUAAAACUAUAAACUUAAGUGAGGACGUAUUUGCUGGGUAUAAUUCCAUUUUGCGUCGUGGACAUAUAACUUACAACGAGUACAUUCAAGUUGGCAAAGGGCGUGAUGUUGGACUUAAUCAGAUAUCGAAAUUUGAAGCUAAAGUUGCAAAUGGCAAUAGUGAACAAACACUUAGCCGUGAUAUCUAUCGUCUAGCGCGGCGAUUCGAUUUUUUCAGGAUGCUUUCAUGCUAUUUCACAACAGUGGGAUUUUACUUCAACAGCCUAAUAUCAGUUGUAGGUGUUUAUGUUUUCCUAUAUGGACAACUAUACUUGGUUCUCAGUGGAUUACAGAGUGCUCUGUUGAUUAAAGCUCAUCACCAGAAUAUGAAGUCCUUAGAAACAGCCCUUGCAUCUCAAUCUUUUCUUCAGUUGGGACUGCUCACAGGAUUACCUAUGGUGAUGGAGUUAGGGUUGGAGAAGGGUUUCAGAGCAGCUUUGAGUGACUUCAUCCUCAUGCAACUGCAGGUUGCUUCAGUUUUUUUCACAUUCUCUCUUGGAACGAAAGCUCACUAUUAUGGACGUACCAUUCUUCAUGGUGGCGCUAAAUAUCGACCAACGGGGCGUAAAUUUGUAGUUUUUCAUGCGAGCUUUACAGAAAACUAUCAGUUGUACUCUCGGAGUCACUUUGUCAAAGCAUUUGAGCUGAUCUUCCUUUUGAUAAUCUAUCACCUAUUUAGGAAAUCCGAUGGGAAGUUUCAUGUGAUGGUCACAUAUUCAACAUGGUUUAUGGCAAUGACUUGGCUAUUCGCACCUUUUCUUUUCAAUCCAGCUGGUUUUGCUUGGCACAAGAUUGUUGACGACUGGUCAGAUUGGAAUAGAUGGAUGAUGAACCAAGGGGGAAUAGGUGUGCAACCAGAAAAGAGUUGGGAGUCAUGGUGGAAUGCUGAGAAUGCACAUCUCCGUUACUCGGUGCUGAGUUCUAGGAUUAUUGAAGUAUUGCUCUGUUUGCGGUUCUUUGUUUAUCAGUAUGGACUUGUCUAUCAUCUCAAGAUAUCUCAUGAUAACAAGAAUUUUCUUGUGUACUUGCUUUCUUGGGUUGUGAUAAUUUCCAUUGUUGGGCUUGUCAAGCUUGUUAAUUGUGCUAGUCGUCAGUUAAGCUCAAAGCACCAACUCAUCUUCAGGUUCAUAAAGUUGUUGACAUUCCUGGCAGUGGUGACUUCCUUUAUCCUUCUAUCUUGCCUGUGCAAACUAUCCAUCAUGGACUUGAUCGUCUGUUGCCUUGCAUUCAUUCCAACUGGUUGGGGCCUCCUCCUUAUUGUUCAGGUUUUGAGGCCAAAAAUAGAAUACUAUGCAAUAUGGGAGCCUAUUCAGGUCAUUGCUCACGCUUAUGACUACGGGAUGGGUACACUGCUAUUUUUUCCAAUUGCUGUACUAGCAUGGAUGCCUAUUAUCUCGGCUAUCCAAACUCGGGUUCUUUUCAAUAGAGCGUUUUCACGGCAACUGCAGAUCCAACCUUUUAUCAUUGGUAAAACUAAGCGGAGGUAACUGAUGGUUUCAUGCGGAUGAGAACUGGAUUUGUGAAUAUGAUAUAUUGGUUGGUCAGGAUGAUAAUAAGCCUCUGUAUUCUGGUGUAAAUAUAUUGUGUGGUAUUACAGUAUCAUACAUCAUUCUUUGGUCCAUGUCGUUGACCAAUCUAACAGCUCAGUUUUGAUGUAAACUUACGUUGUAUCCUCAGUACCAUUCAUGUAAUACGAAAGCGUUGUACUUUUUGGUUUUUUGGAAAAAGUGGAACUGUUGUACUAUUGCUGUUGGACAAAUCAUGUUAGAUUAUAUAAUAAA